GGGCCGCGACAGACCGCCCUGUCCACUCGAAGCUGGUUUCAUGGCAGCCACGAAGAAAGCAGUUUUGGCGCCCUUGGUGGGGGCAGUGGACCAAGGCACCUGCUCGACCCGCUUUUUGGUUUUCAAUUCAAAAACAGCCGAACUACUUAGUCAUCAUCAAGUAGAAAUAAAACAAGAGUUUCCAAAAGAAGGAUGGGUAGAACAAGAUCCUAAGGAAAUCCUGCAGUCUGUCUAUGAGUGUAUAGAGAAAACUUGUGAGAAACUUGGACAGCUCGAUAUUGAGAUUUCCAACAUAAAAGCUAUUGGUGUUAGUAACCAGAGGGAAACCACGGUAGUCUGGGACAAGCUGACCGGAGAACCGCUCUACAACGCUGUGGUAUGGCUUGAUCUAAGAACGCAGUCUACCGUUGAGACUCUCAGUAAAAGAAUUCCAGGAAAUAAUAACUUUGUCAAGUCCAAGACAGGCCUUCCACUUAGCACUUACUUCAGUGCGGUGAAACUUCGUUGGCUGCUUGACAAUGUGAGGAAAGUUCAAAAGGCUGUGGAAGAAGAUCGAGCUCUUUUUGGGACUGUUGAUUCGUGGCUUAUCUGGUGUUUGACAGGAGGAGCCAACGGAGGUGUCCACUGUACAGAUGUAACUAAUGCAAGCAGGACGAUGCUUUUCAACAUUCAUUCUUUGGAAUGGGAUAAAGAGCUCUGUGAGUUUUUUGAAAUUCCAAUGAAAAUUCUUCCAAAUGUCCGGAGUUCUUCUGAGAUCUAUGGCCUAAUGAAAGCUGGAGCCUUGGAAGGUGUCCCAAUAUCUGGGUGUUUGGGGGAUCAGUCUGCUGCAUUGGUGGGACAAAUGUGUUUCCAAGAUGGACAAGCCAAAAACACGUACGGAACAGGCUGUUUCUUACUAUGUAAUACAGGCCGAAAGUGUGUAUUUUCUGAACACGGCCUUUUGACCACAGUGGCUUACAAACUUGGCAGAGACAAACCAGUAUAUUAUGCACUAGAAGGUUCUGUAGCCAUAGCCGGUGCUGUUGUUCGCUGGUUAAGAGACAAUCUUGGAAUUAUAAAGACCUCAGAGGAAAUUGAAACACUUGCUAAAGAAGCAGGAACCUCUUACGGCUGCUAUUUCGUGCCAGCGUUUUCAGGGUUGUAUGCACCUUAUUGGGAGCCCAGUGCGAGAGGGAUCAUCUGUGGGCUCACUCAGUUUACCAAUAAAUGCCACAUUGCUUUCGCUGCAUUAGAAGCUGUUUGUUUCCAAACCCGAGAGAUUUUGGAUGCCAUGAACCGUGACUGUGGAAUCCCACUCAGUCAUCUGCAGGUAGACGGAGGAAUGACCAUCAACAAGAUUCUCAUGCAGCUACAAGCAGAUAUUCUGUAUAUCCCAGUAGUGAAGCCCUCAAUGUCAGAAACCACAGCCCUGGGGGCUGCCAUGGCGGCUGGAGCUGCAGAAGGGGUUGGCGUUUGGAGUCUUGAACCAGAGGAUUUGUCGGCUGUCACGAUGGAACGGUUUGAACCCCAGAUCAACGCUGAGGAAAGUGAAAUUCGUUAUUCUACAUGGAAGAAAGCUGUGAUAAAGUCAAUGGGUUGGGUUACAACUCAGUCUUCAGAAACUGGAGACCCUAGUAUCUUCUGUAGUCUGCCCUUGGGCUUUUUUAUAGUGAGUAGCAUGGUAAUGUUAAUCGGAGCAAGGUACAUCUCAGGUAUCCCAUAAGUAAUACCAGCUCAUGGAUUCAAAAGAUGCAAGCUUUUUACCUAACGAGAGAAUUCAGCGAUUAUGUCUUUUAAUGUGAUGACACUAUUCAUAGACUGAUUUUAUUUUUAAGCCACUUGCUGCAUGACCCUCCAAGUAGACCUGUGGCUUGAAAUAAAGAAAAUGCAGGAGAAAGAAUG